AGAAAUUUGACGACAAGUGGCCGACGCCCGCUGACUAAUCUCCACUGAUCUCCACACCCAAAUAAAAAUACAUAAAUGGGUGUUAUUAAUUAUUGUCAUUAAAUUUAAUAAUAAUUUAUUUAUUUAAAUUAUAAAUACCAAUAGAAUAUAAUUUUUUGCAUUAAAUAAGUAUUAAAGUUUCAUGUUACAAUGGUGAUUCUCAAAAGUUUUGACAUACGAAUGUUAUGUCUUAUUGUUGUUUUGAUUUGUCAACUUGUUGAAGGUCAAUAUUAUGGAUCAGUUGAUAAUUAUGAAAAUAAAACAGUAACCUGGUGUACAGUAUCAAAACCUGAACAAAAUAAAUGCAUUGCAUUUUCACAAGCAGUUGAAAGAGAACGUAAAUUUUUCGAACAACAUUAUAUACAAUUAAAAUGUCGACAAGCAUUUAAUAAGGAAGAAUGUAUGACACUUUUGGAUAAUGAUAUUGCCCAGCUAACAACACUUGAUCCUGGUGAAGUAUUUGUUGGUGGUAGAUAUCACAGUUUAUUACCAAUAAGUCAAGAAGUAUAUAGUGAUGGAUUAAAUUAUCAAUAUGCUGUUGCUGUUAUUAAAAAAAAUUCAUUGAGUGAUGUUAAUAGUAUACAUAAUUUACGUGGUAAAAAAGCAUGUUUUGCUGGUGUUGGAAUGUUAGCUGGUUGGAUAACACCAAUUCAUACACUUAUGAAAGAAGGUGCACUUGAAAUAAUUGAUUGUAAUAAUCAAGUUAAAUCAGCUGGUAAAUUUUUUGGACCAAGUUGUGCUGUUAAUUCACUUAUUGAUCGUUAUAAUCCAUCUGGUGAUAAUUCAGAUAAACUUUGUAAACUUUGUAUUGGUGAAAUACCUGGUGGUAGAUGUACAAAUAGUGAUCCAUAUUCUGGUUAUGAAGGUGCAUUUCGUUGUCUUGCUGAAAAUGCUGGUGAAAUAUCAUUUUUAGUACAUACAACUGUACAAGAAAUGACAUCAACAAAUUAUGAUUUAAAUUCAAUUAAAAAAGAACAAUUUGAAUUAUUAUGUCGUGAUGGAACAAGAAAAAAUAUUGAUGAAUAUAAAUAUUGUAAUUGGGGUAAUGUACCAUCACGUGCAAUUGUUGUAUCAUCAGCAACUGAUGUUAAUAUUAGAAAAAUAUAUCAAAAAUUUUUACAAAAAACAGUUGAUAUAUUAGGUAAAAAUACAAAUUUUGGUAUUAAUUCAACAAAUGAUGAUAAAUCAAAUAAUUAUGAUAAUAAUAAUUAUUAUAAUCAACAAAAUAAUGAAAAAGAUUUAUUAUAUGAUAAUAAAAAAAGUUAUGAUCCAAAUUUACCUGAAUCAUCAAAUGGUAAUAUAUAUAAUUCAUGGGGUUCAUUAAAUAAAAAUUAUAAUUCAAGUUAUUAUAAUCGUGAUGGUUAUGGUUCAUCAAAUAAUGAUGAUUUACAAAACAAUCCACCAUCAGUAUUACCACUUGAAGUAUUUAAUUUAUUUGAAUCAUCACCAAGAUAUGGAUUACAGCAUAAUUUAUUAUUUUCUGAUUCAGCAAGAGGUUUUAUAUCACUUGCUGAAAAAGAUCAAACAUAUUCAUAUUAUCUUGGUAAUAAUAUUGAAAAUUCAAUACUUGGUGUUCGUCAAUGUCCAGUUAAUAAAAUGACACUGUGUGUUACAUCAGAACCAGAACAAGAAAAAUGUAUUAAAAUGAAAACAGCAUUAAAAGCACAGUUAUUAAAACCAGAAUUAAUAUGUUACAAAGGACAUAGUCAAAUGCAUUGUAUGCAAGCUAUUAAAAAUGGACAAGCUGAUAUAACAGUAUUGGAUGCAAGUGAUGUUUAUACUGCUGGUUUACGUUUUGAUUUAAUACCAUUUAUAUCAGAGGUAUAUAAUCUUCCAACACCAGAAUAUUAUGUUGUUGUUGUUGCUAAAGAAUCUGAUCCAACAACAGAUAUAACAUUUUUAAAAAAUAAAAAUACAUGUCAUCCUGGUAUUUAUACUGCUGCUGGUUGGGUUUAUCCAAUGGCAUAUUUAUUAUCAAAUGGUUGGAUGCGUGGUUAUGGAUGUGAUUCAAUACGUGCUGCUGCUGAAUAUUUUUCAAAAUCAUGUGUACCUGGUGCAUUGAGUACUGAAUAUAAUACACGUGUACCAUAUAAUAAUAUGUGUGAUCUUUGUCAUGGUGUUAGUUAUCGUUAUUGUCGUCGUGAUGCAUCAGAAGAUUAUUUUGGUUAUACUGGUGCAUUUAGAUGUCUUGUUGAGGGUGGUGGUGAUGUUGCAUUUGUUAAACAUACAACUGUAUCGGAAAAUACUGAUGGUAAAAGACGUGAGUAUUGGGCUAGAAAUACAUUUACCAAAGAUUUUGAAUUAUUAUGUCCUGAUGGUACAAGAAUGCCAUCAACUGAUUAUCAUAAAUGUAAUUUGGGUAAAGUUAAAGCUAAUGCUAUUGUUACAAGAGGUGGAGAAUAUGGAUAUAAUGAAACACAAAUUAAUGCUUAUAUUAAUUUGUUGAUGUAUGCACAACAAUUUUAUGGUAGAAAAGAAGCUGAUGAAUUUAGUUUUAGUAUGUUUGAAAGUCCAAGACCAUUUAGUGAUCUUAUAUUUCAAGAUGCAACACAACAAUUAAUUAUUAUACCAAAAGAAAUGAGAGAAUUUAGCAAAUGGCUUGGACCUGAUUUUAUGAGAGCCAGAAGAGUUGUUGAUUGUAAUGCUGGAGCAGCAGAAAUUAAAUUUUCAUUAUUUGCAUCAAUUUCUACUAUGAUUUUUGCUUUUUAUUUUUCACGAUAAAUUUUUUAUCCAUUUCAUCUUUAAGAUAACAAAAAAAAUUUAAUUUUUACGUACUAAAUAUUUUUAAUAAUUAUUAUUUUUUUCUUUUGGUCUAAUUAUUGUAAAUAUUUUGACUGAAAAAUUUACAGUACAACUGAUAGAUCUGAAAUAUUUUUUACUUUAUUUUACAUAGAAAAAAUAUUAUCAGCAGCUUUUUAACAAUAUAUAAAUAUUUUUAUAAAUGAAAAUUAAUUGAAAAAAAAAAAACAAGAAAAAUUAGGCUUUUUUUUGGAAUUUAAAAAACUUAACUUUAAAAAAUAACCAGUGCCUUUUGACAUAUCAGCUUUUUUAUUAUUUAAAAAAAUAUAAUUGAAUAUGAAAUUUUUUUUUUUUUCCUUUCUUGUAAUUUUUAAAUUAAUAAGAAAAUAAUUUUUUUAUUUUUUACAAUGUCAUUAUUCCGUCCAAUUGUAUUUUGACAUAUAAAUUUUAAUUAUUAUAUUAAAUAAUUUUAAUGAUAUUUUAUAAUAAAUAUUAAGAGAUUAUGUAUAAAUCCGUCCGAAAAAAAAAAAAUUUAUAAUAUACAAUUUACAAUUUUACAAAAACAAAAU